AUGACAUCCAUCAAACCGUUCCAUGCUACCGACUUAUUCGACCUAAACCCCAUCAAUCUUGAUCCCCUCACUGAGAACUUUUACAUAUACUUCUACCUACAGUAUCUCAGUGAUUGGCCCACCCUCUUCUAUAAAUCAACCUCCUCACUAGGAACCCCCACUGGUUAUAUGUUGGCAAAGACAGAGGGACAGGUGGCCAAGAAAGAAUGGCAUGCUCAUAUCUCUGCAGUUACUAUAGAUCCUAACUAUAGAAGAAUAGGCCUAGGUUCUUACCUCUGUACCACCCUUGAAACCUACACCCAGGAUGAAAAGCCCUACUUUGCAUUCUUCAUCGACUUGUUUGUCAAGUGCAAUAAUACCUUAGCGAUUAACUUUUACGAGAAACUCGGUUACUCCGUUUAUAGAAGAGUGAUAGGAUACUAUGGAGGAUCCUCCUCUUCCUUAAAAUUGCCCAAUAAGAAUAAGCUGAACGACAAUACAGAUGCUUUUGAUAUGCGUAAGAGUUUGAAAAGGGACUCUAAUACAGAAUGCGUUAGAAAGAAUGGUAGAAAACAUCAUAUACUACCGCAAGAAGUUGGUUUUUAA